UUCGCCUUCUCUUUAUCACCACUCACACUAAUAAAAGUGUCUGCGCUGCAAAACUCACCUAGCGUUUCAGCAGCUUCACCUCACCAGAUUUUGAAGUGGCAAGGAUCGUUCAGAGCAAUGUCUCCGGCUAAAGUUGAUACCACGAAGAAGGCUGACCCGAAAGCUAAGGCCUUGAAGGCUGCAAAGGCAGUGAAGUCUGGCCAAGCUUUCAAGAAGAAGGACAAGAAGAUUAGGACUAAGGUCACCUUCCACAGGCCAAAGACUUUGACCAAGGCCAGAGAUCCCAAGUACCCAAGGAUCAGUGCUACUCCUAGAAACAAGUUGGACCAUUACGGUAUCCUCAAGUACCCACUUACCACUGAGUCUGCCAUGAAGAAGAUUGAGGACAACAACACUCUUGUCUUCAUUGUUGACAUUCGUGCUGACAAGAAGAAGAUCAAGGAUGCUGUUAAGAAGAUGUACGACAUCCAGACCAAGAAGGUCAACACCCUCAUCAGGCCUGAUGGAACGAAGAAGGCUUACGUUAGGCUUACACCCGACUAUGAUGCUUUAGAUGUUGCUAACAAGAUCGGCAUCAUCUAAGUUUCUCUAUCUCUGCAAUUAUAAAUUCAGACUUGCGGUUUUGUCUCUCUCUAGUAUCAUUACACUCAUCUGGUUGUAGUAUUUUGAGCAAAAUCUUCUUUCUUUUUUUUUUUUUUUUACAAUACAUUCUUGUCGCAGUUUAUUGAAUUCAAGUUCUAUGUUUUUGGUUUGGCUU